AUGGAUGAGGACUCGGAACAAGGCGUGUUGCUCUACUACAAGUAUGUGGAUCUGACGGAGGAGCAAGGGGCAGUCAAGGAAUGGAUGCAGAAUCUGUGCCAAAAUCUAGGACUUCGAGGGCGUAUCAGGGUGGCACGGGAUGGCAUCAACACCACGGUUGGAGGGACCAUGGCUGCACUCAGAGACCACAUUGCGGGGGUUGAGCGCCACCCACUGCUGGGCAGCGGUAUUGAUUUCAAGCUGGCGAGCUCUCCGGGACCCAGCAGCAGCCAGGCAGCCCGUGAGACAGGAUUUGACUCACUUGCUGUUACCGUCUGCCAGGAGGUUGUGGCACUUGGUGGGAGCACGCAAAUGGACUUGGAGGAGCUAAAGGAAGCCACGGCGCUUCACGUCUCACCACAGCAGUUCCACAGCUUGCUAGACCAGUCAGUGGAAGACAGCACAAAGGAGACUGUCCUUCUGGACGUGCGCAAUCUGUACGAGACGCGCGUCGGCCACUUUGACAAGGAUGGUGUGCGCCUUGUGGACCCUCAGCUGCGCAGCUUCAACGAGCUACGCGCAUGGCUGGACUGUCAGGCCGCUGCGCUGGCCGAUCGCCGGGUGCUCAUGUACUGCACCGGCGGCGUCAGAUGCGAGCGGGCCUCCGCCUACCUGCGCUCCAAGGGGCCGGCCUUCCAGGACGUGUACCAGCUGGAAGGUGGCAUCCAGCGUUACAUGGAGGCGUUCCCUUUGGGCGGCUACUUCGCUGGCAGGAACUUCGUCUUCGAUGAGCGUGUGACAGUGGCGGGCGGCAGCGGGCGCGUGGUGGGCAGCUGCUGCAUGUGCGCGGCCCCCCACGACACCUACGAGCCGCGCUGCCGCUGCGGCCACUGCCGCAUGCUCGUCCUCGUCUGCCCAACGUGCGCGUCACAUGGGCUUGACGGCAUAGAGAUUCUCUGUGAACUUUGCCGGCGGCGUGCUCAGUGUGAGGUCGUCCACAACGGGUGCACAGCAUCAUGCAGAAACUGUCAGCAGCAGGACAGUGGGGGGCCUGCCCAUUCUUCACAGUGCAGAUGCGUGACAUCUGGCAGUCCCCCACGGCAGCCGGAUUUGCACACCAAGCAGCCAGAUUUGCAGCCGCAGCCAGGCAGUCGGUUGCGGAUACUCUGCCUGCACGGGUUCAGGCAGAACGCACAUGUAUUCAGGGGCCGCAAUGCCGGGUUGAUCAGACGUCUGAACAGCAUAGCCGAGCUGGUUUGUGUGGACGCCCCUCACACACUGCCCUUUCUAGUGAAGGGAUCCCCACAGCAGCCCAGCCCAUUAGUGAGCGCUCGAUAUGGAACAAUCAGUUUUAGACUGUGGUGGACAUUGCAGGCACGCGUGGAGGGCCAAUCCUGCACCUUCGUGCCGACCAUGGACGACAACCAGUACCUGCGGCAGACGGCAGGCUGGGCAGAGUCCUGGGCAUAUCUGCAGCAAGUGCUGCGUACAGACGGCCCCUUUGAAGGCGUGUUGGGAUACUCCCAGGGAGCAUCUGUUGCAGCAGCUCUGUGCGCGCACCAGCAACUUUGCAAAGGCAGCGCAGAUGCUGGUGGCUUGGGAUGGCAGCCGCUGCGCUUUGCCAUCCUGUGUUCCGGCUAUGCAUCGCCCGCUGCAGAGCACCGGCAGCUGCAUGCGGAUGCGGGCGGCAUAAGCCUGCCAUCACUGCACGUGUUUGGGAGCAAGAGCGAGGAUGGAGGCAUCAGUGCCGUGGAUAGCAGGUCUCUGGCGGAUCACUUUAACCCGAGCUGUAGACUUGUGGUGGAGCACAGUGGCGGUCACUACAUCCCUGUCAGCAAGGCUGUUGUAACGCGCUUCAAUAGUUUUCUCAGACAGUUUGAGACUUGA